AUGCGAAAGGAAAUUGAGGAUGUCGUGCAAGAGCUGGAUGGCUUUGAGGAUCUCGAGCCGGAAGACCAAGAGAAGGUGCAGGCCGCCUUUGCAUUGGGUCAUGUGCGUGAACAGGAUGUCACACCCUGCUUGCUAGACAAAGAGGAGCCUGAAAGCUCGCAAGAUGUCUCUUCCGGAACCAAAGCGCGCUCUACGAAGAAGCGAAAGGCUGACGAAGGUGUAGUCGAGGACGAGGAGGCCGAGGAGGAAGCGGCUCGUAGCGACGGCGAAGGUGACGAUGGUUUGCCGCGCCCCGACUUUUUGGACUCACUACCUGCAAAGCGUCAAAGGAAGCAGCCUGUUCGGUAUACAGCGUCGACGGCCUCUCGCAAACCAACUCGAGAAGACAGCGAAGACGAGGACGAAGAGGAGGAGGAGGACGAAGAGGAAGAGGCAGAGGAAGACUCUGACGCUAGCGAUGUAUAUGAGACGGACAGCGAGGAAGAGGAAGAAGAGGAAGAAGACUACAACGAAGACGACGACGCAUAG